UUUGAAGAUUUACUUUUAGUUUGAUUGCCGUUUUUAAUGUUUGUUUGUAUCAACAGAGGUUUAACAUUGUUUGUUCUGUGUACUGAAGUUAAUCUACGUUAAACAGUCUUUUUUUCUCAAAUUAAGCCUGCUCUUUAUUGUGUCUCCGUCUUCACACAUGCAAUGGGAAACUUUGGGAUUUUUCAACGUACCUUUGCACUGUGUACAUUUGAAUUACAGUUCUUUUUUUAACUUGUAAAUAUUGUAUUUACUUUAAAGUGUUUUUGAUGUUGUUUUAUGUUGUUCCUCAUGGCACAAACAGAGGUUUUCCAUCAACGUCCCAUAUCUCACAGGUACAGAGCGUCACUGUUCAUUGAUGGUCACAUGGCAUAAGUGCUGAAGUUCACGUUCGUAUAUCAGCGAGUAGCCUAAGUAUUAAAAAGUACAUUUUUUAUUUGAUGAUUUACUUUUAGUUUGAUUGCCGUUUUAAUGUUUGCUUGUAUCAACAGAUGUUUAACAUGAUCUUGUUUGUUCUGUGUAUUGAAGUUAAUCGACGUUAAACUGUGUCUUUUUUCCCCUCAAAUGAAGUUUGCGCUUGAUGGUGUUUCCGUGUUCACACACCCAUCGGGAAACUUGAAAAACGGGAUUUUUCAACCUGCCAUCGCACUUUGUGUAAAUUUUAAUUACAGUUAUUUAUUUUUUAUUUUUUACUUCUAAAUCUUUUAUUUACUUUGUUGUAUUCUUGUUGUUGUUAUACGUUGUUCCUCACGGCACCAACAGGCGUUUUCCAUCAAUGUCCCAUAUCUCAUAGGUGCAGCUGCUCGCUGGUGGUGACAUAUGGCAUAAGGGCUGAAGUUCACAGCCGCAUAUCAGCGCAAGAGAGACUGGUGCUCUGCCUCCAUGAUGAGUCAACCUGGAGACUCCAAAGACCGGACUCACCAGAUGACUACACGCUCAUCCCGUGAGGAGACACCAGAGUCUCCAGCAUCCAGUCAUGCGUCCAUGACGACGGGGACGCCAACCAAAAGAAAGAGGGACAGCCCCUCACAUAAGGUAAGGCCUGACUCUCCUGCACCCAGCUGUGUGUCCAUGAAGAGUGACCGGUCAAUGGAGCCGCCAAUCGACCUCAAAGAGAGGGGAACGUCCCCUACUAUUGGCACCCAACAAAAAAGACCCAGGUUGCAUCAUGAGCUGUCAUCUGUACUCAGGGAGGUUGAAUGUAAAGCGAAGGAGUUCUUGACCAAUGAGCUGAAGAGACUCACGAGUUACCUGACAGAGGAUUUCCCAGAAUCCCCUUGUAGUGAGGAGGAUGAGGAGCACCAGAGAGAAGCCAGAGAUGGAGCUCUGAAGAUUGCAGUGCACAUCCUGAGGAACAUGAACCAGGAGGUCCUCGCUCAGCAGCUGGAGAAAUAUGGGCUGGUUCCCAGAUGUCAACAAAACCUGAAAGUCCGACUUAAGGAGAAGUUCCAAAAAGUAUUUGAGGGAGUUGCAAAGCAGGGACAACCUGCCCGCUUGGAAGAUAUUUACACAGAGCUCUACAUCACAGAGGGGGAAAGUGUAGAGGUCAAUACUGAACAUGAGGUCAGACAGAUUGAGAUGGCAUCCAGGAGACAAAUAACAAAGAGGGAAACACCAAUCAAAUGUACUGACAUCUUCAAGCCCUUACCUGGACAAGACAACCCCAUCAGAACUGUGCUGACAAAGGGAGUUGCUGGCAUUGGAAAAACAGUCUCUGUGCAGAAAUUCAUUCUGGACUGGGCUGAAGAAAAAGCCAAUCAGGAUGUCACUUUCAUUCUGCCACUUCCUUUCCGGGAGCUGAACGUGAUCAAGGAUAAAACGUUGAGUCUUAUGAACGUCAUCCAUCUCUUCUUUCCAGAACUGAAAAGAUUAACCUUUUCUGAUGAAGACAAAAGCAAAAUAGUUUUCAUACUCGAUGGUCUUGAUGAAAGCCGACUUCCUUUGCAUUUCCAAACCAAUGACUACAUCUGUGAUGUAACAGAACCUGCAUCAGUGGAUGUCCUUCUCACAAACCUCAUCAAGGGGAAUCUACUUCCCACUGUUCUUGUGUGGAUCACCUCCCGACCAUCAGCAGCCAAUCAAAUCCCUUCUGAGUGUGUUGACCAGGUGACAGAAGUCCGGGGUUUCAAUGACCCACAGAAGGAGGAGUACUUCAUGAAGAGAAUCACAAAAGAGAAACUGGCAAUCAGAAUCAUCACACACCUAAAGUCAUCCAGGACCCUCUACAUCAUGUGUCACAUUCCAGUCUUCUGUUGGAUGUCAUCCACUGUUCUGGAGUACAUCCUGACUGAAGCAGAGAGUGGAGAGAUUCCAAAGUCUUUGACUCAGAUGUACACACACUUCCUCAUCAUACAAACCAGACACAUUAGUCUGAAGUAUGGAAACCGUGAUGCGGAUGCACUCCUGGAGACCCUUCUAUCCCUGGGCAAACUGGCUUUUCAGCAGCUGGAGAAGGGCAAUGUGAUCUUCUAUGAGGAGGACCUGAGAGAGUGUGGCAUUGAUGUCACAGAAGCAUCAGUGUACUCAGGGGUGUGCACCCAGAUCUUCAGAGAGGAGGCUGGACUGUACCAGGGGAAAGUGUUCUGCUUUGUUCAUCUCAGCAUCCAGGAAUAUUUGGCAUCACUUUAUGUGUUUGUCUGUUUCAACCGCAGAGAGACAAAUGCACCUGAUCACAGUCACGCCGCUCUACUUUCGGUUCUGUUUGGAUCUACGACAGUUCAAGACCUGCAGAAGACUGCUGUGGACCUGGCCUUACAGAGUCCAACUGGACACUGGGACCUCUUUGUUCGCUUUCUUCUGGGCCUCUCAGUGGAGUCCAGUCAGAAUCUCUUGCGUGACUUGCUGCCAAAUACAGUCUGCUCACCAAGCAGCACAGAAGGAACAGUCACGUGCAUCAAGCAGAAGAUCAGAGAAGCCCCCAACCCAGAGAGAUGCAUCAACCUGUUCCACUGUCUGAGUGAACUGAAUGACAACUCUCUGGUGGAGGAGGUCCAACGAUACCUCCAGAUGGGGAAGGGAUCCAGAGGGAAUCUCUCUCUUUCCCAGCUGUCAGCUCUGGCCUUUGCGCUACUGAUGUCAGAACAGGAUCUGAUGCAGUUUAAACUGAAGGAUUAUGGGGGACGUGGUUCACCUGCCAGAUCAGAUGCAGGUCUGCUGAGGAUGCUGCCAGUAGUCAAAGCAUCAACAAAAGCUGUGCUACAUAGCUGUAACCUGACAGAGAGCAGCUGGGUCGCUUUAGCUUCAGUUCUCAGGGCAAAGUCUUGCUGUGUGAAGGAUCUGAAUUUGAGUGGAAACAAAGUGCUUGACUCAGGAGUCGAGCUGCUUUGUACCGGCCUGGAGCAUCCAAACUGCAGACUGGAGAGACUGGAGCUGUGGGCAUGUGACCUCACAGAGAACAGCUGUGCUGCUUUAUCUUCAGCUCUCAGCUCAAACUCUUCCAGCCUGAGAGAUCUGAACCUGAAUGGGAAUGAGCUGCAGGACUCAGGAGUGGAGCUGCUUUCUACUGGUCUAAAACAUCCAAACUGCAAGCUGGAGAUACUGGAGCUGUGGGAAUGUAAGCUGAGCGAGAGCAGCUGUGCCUUUCUGGCCUCAGCUCUCUGCUCCAAGUCCACCAGUCUGCGAAAGCUCAACCUCAAGAACAACAAGCUGAGGGAUGCAGGAGUCAAGCAGCUGUACUCUGCUCUGGAGCAUCCAAACUGUAAACUGGAGACACUAGAACUGCAGGGCUGUAGACUCACUCAGGAGAGCUGUGCAUCCCUGGCCUCCGCGCUGCUCUCAGACACCUCCAGUCUGAAGAUGCUGAGUCUCAGUAGCAACAACCUGCUGGACUCAGGAGUGGAGCUGCUGUCUGCUGCACUAGGGCAUCCAAACUGCAAGCUGGAGAAACUGAAGUUGCAGUCCUGCCAUCUGACAGAAAGGAGCUGUGAGUGUCUGGCUUCAGCUCUCAGCUCUCAGUCUUCCAGCAUGCGAAAGCUGAACCUGCGCUGGAACAACCUGGAGCAGUCCGCUGCAUUUUUACCUCUACUACAAGAUCCAAACUCCAAGCUGGAGAGCGCAAAGUUGUAAAUUGGCACUGCGUUCAGUGUUGCCUGGACCUGACACCUGGACCUGGACCUGCAUUGAGACCUGCUUUGAGACCCCUGCAUUAAGACCUGCACUUAAACCUGGACCUGGACCUGGACCUGAGACCUGCAUUGAGACCUGCUUUGAGACCUGCAUUGAGACCUGCACUGAGACCUGACAUCCUCCUUAGAUCAUCACAGUGUUGCGCCCCACCCUUGGCCAGUCCCCCCACCCUGGAAGUGGAAAACAUCCCACCAUUGCACGUAUAACAAGCGAGACUCUGAAUCAAGACUACAGAAGACAUGAAGUCAAAACACAACAGCAACACAAACUCCCAGGCUGGGAGGCAGCAAGACCAGCAAGUUAGAAGCCUCUCUCUCUCUCUCUGGGUGACAGCAAGACCAGCAAGUUAGAAGCCUCUCUCUCUUUCCGGGUGGCAGCAAGACCAGCAAGUUAGAAGCCUCUCUCUCUCUCUCUGCAACAGGAACCUGGAGCUUUUACAGUUUUCUACAAUCAUUUUCAUGCUUUGGUCAAUACCAUGUCCACUUUUUCAAAACUCUUCACAUAGUGUGCUCAACAACAUGCAUAUGGGCACAUCAGUUAGUCUUUCGUGCAAAAUGCACUACACACUUCAUAUUUCACCCAAAAUGCCUAAAACCACCAAAACACUCCAUGAUUCACCCAAAAGUGACUCAUGCUGCCAUAACCGUAGCAAAUGUUCUCUCCCAGGAAAACUACUUAGACACUGAAAGUACAAUGACCUAAAAAACACUAUCAACUUGAAGCAUUGCAAAUUGCAUAUAUGAUAUGUUGUUGUAUCCUUCAGUUUGGCAUAGACUACCGUAGUGUUGCUUUGCAAAAAAUAGACAAAAAGAAUGAUGCUUCUUUAGACUAAAUGUCGUAAUGCCAAACAAAUAACCCUAAAAUUCUGCAAUAUGUUUAAUUUCUGUCGUAUGCUAAAGUCUCAUGUGUUACUCUAUAGGUUUACUACAGUACAACAAAAAGCAUGCAUAUGUUAUGUAUUUAUGUAUAUAAUAAUAAUAUCUUUAUAAUUUGUCUUGCAUUUUUAGCAUUUCCAAUGCAUUAACAUCAACAUCAGCACAAGAUACAGAAUACCACAGUAAUACCUCUAGAAGUCUACUGUAGCCUUAAUGCUGAUCCAUUCUGUCUUCUCCUCAUCUCCUCAUCCAUUCUGUCUUCUCCUCAUUUCCUGUUUAUUUAUCUCUGAAAAAUCUGUGUGUUUUUACAAGUGUUUGUAACC